UCUAAACAUCAUGUUGCUAUCAACAAAGAUUUUUCGUUUUUCCCGAUAUUUAUCAACUACAACUCGAGUUUGGUCCCAACAACUCAAAUCAGAAGAGAAAGUAAAAGAUUCUGGAAAAAUACAUCAAAAAGAGAAAGAUCCAAAUAUAAUCUUUCAUAAACCACUUAACAUCAAUUUCACAAAAUUACCGCUCAAGAGCAAGGAACUUUCAAAAUUGAUUUUUUUGGAAAUAAAAAAAACACUCAAACGUCAAGAUCAGAUUAUUGUAGAAGGAAAUCAGCUGAUUAAAGAAGCAAUUCAGUCGAAUAUAAAGUUGAAUUAUCUGCUCUUUAGUCAUGUUGAUAAAAUAACUGACAUUGUUAAUGUUAUGGGAACUAAUACGAAACAUGUAAACUUUUUGAAGGCCCCUCAACAUGAUUUAACAUUCUAUUCAGUUCUCACAACAUGUCCAGGUGUGAUUGGAAUCUUCGACAAACCAAAAGAGAUACAACCGAAGACAAAUCCUUUACCAAUUACAAUCAUUUGUGAUAACUUGAGAGAACCAAAUAAUCUUGGAUCUGUCAUAAGAUUAGCAAAUGCAUUGCCUGUAACUAAAGUUCUUCUCCCUAAAGGAAACGCUGAUCCUUGGGAUGUUAAAGCUAUUAGAGGAAGUAGUGGAUCAAUUUUCUAUAUACCAACAGAACAUUCACUCGAAUGGAAGCAAAUUGAAGAGGACCAGACAAUCGACGAUUCAAUUAUUUUGAUAGCUGACAAUAAUGCUUCCAAAUAUCCUUCAAAUUCAAUUCUAUGUUAUGACAAGAUUCCAAAAGAAUUAAUUGAGAACAAGCAAAUUUAUGUUUUGCUUGGUGGUGAAACUCAUGGCAUUAGUGAAGAAGCGAAAGAUUUCGCUUUCAAACGAAAUUGGAAAGUUAUUCAUAUUCCGAUUGAUUCAAUAGUUGAUAGUCUUAAUACAUCAAAUGCUUUAGCAAUUAUUUUAUUCGAAUUAAGAAGAAUGUUAUCAAAUAGUUAUUAA